CUUUGCCAUUUGCUUGCAAUGUCUAAUACCUGAGUGAGAGAGCUUCCUCAGUCCAUGGAGGUGUCGUCGAGGCUCCAAAGCCUCCUCAGACCCUUCCUACUCUGCCGCUCCCGCGCCGCAGGGAUGACCCUCCAAACCCUAGCUCUUUGCUCCCCGCCGCCUCCUCCGCGCAUCCCAUCUUCCUUCCUCCUCCGAACGCGCCGUCUACCUCCUCCCUUUCCCCAUGGCGGCCCAUCCCGUCUUCUUUUCCACAGCACCUUCGCCUCCGUCUCCCCGGCCCCCGCCCCUGCUCCAGGGAGGGACCACCUCAACUCCAAGGAACAGGGACCCCCGCCCGCGCCCUUGCCUCCGCCACCGCCAGAGGAGCUCGCCUCCGAAGACGAGUCCUACUACCACGAGCACCUUCUCGAAGUGGCGCAGGAGAACCAGUCACGGGUCGUCCCCGUCAAGGCAUUCUUUCUAUGCACCAGCAUCGACCUGCGGAGCCUGCAGUCCCAGAAUUCCUUCAAUGUCAUUCCACCCACAUCGCGUGCCACCAACUACGUUGUCCUUAGAUACUACGAUGUCAAGGGAGACCCCGAGGGUUUUAAGUCUGGUGUCAUAGAUGAGAGCCAUUGCCACUACAUGGUCGUUUUCCAAUAUGGGUCCAUUGUGCUGUUUAAUGUUUCUGAUCAUGAAGCAGAUGGAUACCUGAAAAUUGUUGAGAAGCAUGCAUCUGGUUUACUUCCAGAGAUGAGAAAGGAUGACUAUGCUGUUGUUGAAAAGCCUACCCUAGAGACAUGGAUGCAAGGUGGUCUUGACUAUAUCGUGCUUCGGGAUCUGAGUAUUGAUGGGAUCCGUACAAUUGGAAGUGUCCUGGGUCAGAGUAUUGCUCUUGACUACUAUAUCCGUCAAGUGGAUGGAAUGGUAGCUGAGUUCACAGAUAUCAACCGUGGAAUGGAAAAAACUGGUACCUUCACUAUGGAGAGGAAGAAGCUUUUCCAGCUUGUAGGGAAGGCCAACUCUAACUUGGCUGAUGUUAUUCUUAAGCUUGGACUCUUUGAGAGGUCAGACAUAGCGUGGAAGAAUGCAAACUAUGCUCAGAUCUGGGAAUACCUUCGAGAUGAAUACGAGCUAACCCAGAGAUUUGGGAACCUUGAUUUUAAGUUGAAAUUUGUUGAGCACAACAUCAGGUUUCUUCAGGAGAUCCUUCAGAACAGGAAGUCGGAUUUUCUGGAAUGGCUUAUCAUCAUCCUGAUCAGUGUUGAGAUCUUGAUAUCUGUUUAUAACAUAAUACAGGAGCAGAUGUAGGGCUUUGUUCCAUCCUGAACACGAGAUGCAUAUGUUUUGACCGUGGAUUCUGUGAUGCCCUGCUGCCGUUGGCACAACCUCGAUUUGUAAAGAAACAUACGUACUAGAGACUGGAUCCGAUUCGACCUCUAUACUCCUUAUAAAUUAAUUCCUCAGACAUAUGGUUUGGUGAUUGCAUUUGCAUGUUGUCAGUC